UAAUCCACAAGGAAGUGAAGGGAUGUGAGGUCAUCUAUAUGAAGCAUUUCUGAGCUAAACUGCUGGUGUCUCCCUGCCUGCUGACUGCCCUCCAACAAAGAUGUCUGGAAUGUUUGAAAUGUUCAACCUGGAUUGGAAGGUUGGGGGUGUGAUGAAGAUCAAAGGCCAUAUAUCUGAGGAUGCUGAAAGCUUUGCUAUCAAUCUCGGCAACAAAUCCUCAGAUCUGGCGCUUCACUUCAACCCCCGUUUCAAUGAGUCUGUCAUUGUCUGCAACUCCUUGUGCUCUGACAGCUGGCAGCGGGAGCAUCGUGAUAAACAUUUCAUUUUCCACAAGGACUCCACUGUCAAGAUCAUCGUGGAAUUCCUGGGAGACAAAUUCCUGGUGAAACUACCAGAUGGGCAUGAAGUGGAGUUCCCCAACCGGCACGGCUAUGACAAGAUCAACUACUUGAACAUUCAUGGAGGAUUCAAAGUCAUCUCCUUCAAGGUGGAGUGAUGAGUUCCAUUUCCUAAGUUCUAAUAAAAACCCAGCUGGGACUGCUUGCUCCAACUGCUCUGGCUUCUA